AUGGUGCAGACAGGCGUGGAGCAGACAGGCAUGGUGCAGACAGGCGUGGAGCAGACAGGCAUGGUGCAGACAGGCAUGGAGCAGACAGGCAUGGAGCAGACAGGCAUGGUGCAGACAGGCAUGGAGCAGACAGGCAUGGUGCAGACAGGCAUGGUGCAGACAGGCAUGGAGCAGACAGGCAUGGUGCAGACAGGCAUGGUGCAGACAGGCAUGGAGCAGACAGGCAUGGAGCAGACAGGCAUGGAGCAGACAGGCAUGGAGCAGACAGGCAUGGUGCAGACAGGCAUGGAGCAGACAGGCAUGGAGCAGACAGGCAUGACGUGUGUGCUCCAGGACCAGCUGUCAGUGGAGGUGCGUGCAAGGACAGACGCCCAGGCCCGUGUCCAGAGACUCCUGCUGCAGAACAAGGACCUGCUGCAGCACAUCUCCCUACUGGUCAAACAGAUCCAGGAGCUGGAGCUCAAGGCUGCUGGAGGACUCAGCUCCAUGGGCUCCCAGGACAGUUUGCUGGAGAUCACCUUCCGUGCCAAGCCCCCCCUGUGUGACGCCCCCACCAUCCCCACUUCCAUGGGCCCCCAGCAGGGUCAGCCCCAGAUCAACAAUGGCCCAUGGGCCUCCACCCUAACAGGGUCCUCUCCACCAGGGACCAGGGCCCCGGAGAGCCUCUCUCUGGGGCCUGGCGGCAGUGCCGUGAGGCUGGAGUGCUUCCGCUUCCCCCGCCGCAGGGGAGAGGAGCCCCACCAGAACCAAGACCAGGAGGGGGAGAGUCCGAGCUCAGGCGGCCCAGACGAGGACUCCCCUGUGGGUGGAGAGGAGAUCCUUGGAGCCCUGGAGCUCCUCCGGUUCCGGGAGUCGGGGAUCGGUUCGGAAUACGAGUCCAACACGGACGAGAGCAGUGACAGGGACAGCUGGGGGCAGGGUGAGGGGCGGGGCCUGAGGGCACGGCACGCCUCUUCAACGUGCUGA